GCGUGUACAUUUCCAGAAGAAUUCACAGGAGACUGGCAUGCAAGUGACAUUGGAGAUGUCGUAUUUCAUAGAAACAUAAUGGACUCGAAAAGUAGUAUUGUCAAUUUUGGGAUUCGGAGAUUUGAAUGCAUGAUGAAAGAAGAAAACCGAUACCUAAUGACGUCAGAUGUCUUUAAUUUCUACGGUUCACCCUUCCGACUUGGCUUGUGUUGGGAACUACACCGAAUAUCAGCUACACAAUACACAUAUUACGCAGCUAUGGACGUGUUACCAAAUACAGCAAAUGCAAGGCUACUAUUCCGUUUGCACACAUCAGACUUUAACAUCACAAGAGAUUGUCAAUUUAAGUCUUCGUAUGAUCCUUGGCAGUCCAGAGUUCUUUUUAAAUUUGGUGCUCAGAGUACCAGACAGUGUCCUUUAAUUCUUCAAGCAAAUUUUACGUAUACAUUUGACCCUGGAAACGGAAACCAAUGCAAUGCAAAUACUUCGUUAGAUGUGUGCUCAGAUACGUCAAGGAUGAAUUUUAACUACAACUUCUGUGCUAUUGAGCAAGGAUAUUCAGCGACUGGUGAGUUAUCUUGCAUUCAACAGGAAUCGCAUAAUGGCAGUACUUACCUGAUUGUUUACAACAAUGACAGAGUUACUCCGGACGAAAUAAAUAGAUUUAGAUUUACAUGCUAUGUAAUGCAACAGGACAAAAGUGAUUCACGUCUCAUUCACGUGACACAAUAUCCACAGGCAUGUUUGGACGAAAAUUCUCAAUCACCACAUCAAGUGCUGAGGCCAGGAGCGUACCUCAAGCUUCAUCUCUCUAGUCAAGCUGAAAUGAUAAAAAUCAAAUUAUUUUGUGUUGUUUAUUUUUCAGGGCAAGGGCAAAAAAACGACUUCCCAUCGGAUUUGGUGAGCAUUGGUGCCAUUUCUGCAGUUGCGGGGGUAUGCGGUAUCUUUGUGUUGAUUCUUUCUUCAGUAUGUGGAGUAAAACUAUACAAAAAGUAUAAAACAAAGUCCGUGAAACCUGUUCGGAGUCAGAGUGUUUCGUCUAUCGACUCCUUUGAUCGAGUACAAUCAAUGUUUAGUUUGGAUGGCCGGAUUUCUCCAUUUUCACUUCGUCCGACGCUUUCAGAAAUAGCUUACAAACGCUUCGGUCCUUCUAACGAGGAAUUCGAUUAUUUAGAUGAGGAUAUGUAUAACGAUGAAAUGUCACUAUGUGAUUCACUGAAUGAUACAAAAUUUUCGAACAGUGUCGAAGCGUCAUGUGACCAGUCUGGUUUAAUUGAUUGUGCAGUAAGUACUGGGAUGACUGAUAAUGAUGGCAGUUUGACUGGUAAUUAACACAUUCGAUACUGGUUUUAGAACCUUUAUUUGAUUUUCUUUAUAUUAAAUAAUGUCUUGCUAGUAAAUUAUUCUUGAAUGGUCCAGUGAAGAUCAAAAUCAGAGAGAGAGAGAGAGAGAGAGAGAGAGAGAGAGAGAGAGAGAGAGAGAGAUGCAGUACAUAUUUACAUGUACAAUGAAUGUAAACUUUCAUACUUUCAUAUUAUUUUGAGUAGUUUUAAGAUCUUAUUUAUUAUUGAAAAUAUA